AUGGCGCCUUCGAAGUGGGACGAUGAGGAAGAUAGCAGCUCGCCCCCUCCUCCCCCUGUUGUGGCCAGACGCAAGUUCGACGACGAGGAGGAAGAAGAUGUCCUCGACUCGUGGGACGCCGCCGAAGACUCCGAAGUAGAGCGGGAAAAGGCCGCAAAGGCGGCGGCGGCGGCGGCCAAGGCUGAAGCCGAGGCGGCCGCGAAGAAGAAGAGCAAAGCCCAGCGGAUAGAAGAGCACAGGGAGGAGCGACGGAAACUCGCCGAGGCGAACCAGAGCGACGACAGCGAAGAGGACGAGGCGGAGAAGCGGGCCCGCCUGCGCCGCACGGAGAAGGAGGGUGACCUCAAGCACGCGCAGGACCUGUUCGACGACAUCGAUCUGAACCGCAACCGGGGGGCGCCCAAGGCAAUCGUCGUCAGCGACUCGGCGGAUCCCACGCAGGCCGUCGACCUCUCCGCCAUGCCGCUGUUCAAGCCCACGACCAAGGACCAGUUCGCCCGGCUGACCAGCACCCUGAUCCCGCUGUUGACGGCGCACUCGAAGAAGCCCCAGUACGCCCUGUGGGCGCUGGAGUUCAGCAAGCAGCUUGUCAAGGAGCUCAACAGCAGUGAUGUCAAGAAGAUUGCCAGUGCCCUUACCACUAUCAGCAACGAGAAGAUGAGGGAGGAGCGUGCCGCCGACAAAGGCAACAAGAAGACCAAGGCGGCCAAGACCAAGGUUUCUCUCGUUGCUAGCAGAGACAACAAGAUUGAUGCCACAUCUUAUGAUGACGAUGGACUGGAUGAUGACGACUUCAUGUGA